AUGCAUCUAAUCCUGUGCAUAUGUUUUAAACCACUUCGAGCUAGGAAUUAUUUGAUUGUUUGGUGCAAUUUAAUCCGUAAACGAAUUACUGUUUACUGGAAUAGCACGUAUAAGGAAAUUUAUGUGCUUGAAUAUGGAAAAAUUAAAUCGAAGAGAAAACAAAAGUCUAAUAAUGGAACAAAUAUAUCUGAUGGAGAACAAAAAGAGCAGGAUUCAGAUGAUAAUGAUCAGGACAUCGAUGUUGUGGAAAUCGAACGAACGGAACCGGAAGAACUGAGUUCUCAAAAUAUAGAAAUUAACAGUGCAUUGAAUUUGGCUGGAGUGAUGCCAGAUGAAGAAUGUAAAUGCAUGAAACAGAUAUUCCUGAGUAGAGCGAUACCAUCAUCUUCCAGUAUGUUGAGACAAUCCCAUAUAGAAGUACUCGUACCACCUCCUCGUCUGAAGAAACAAGCAGCAAAUUCACAAGAACAGAAUCGAGAAGCUGGUGCGCAUGUACCCAUAUGCGGUCGCAGAAAUCAAUUUGUUAUUCGUAACAUGAUCCUAAAUCCUUUAAAAAGUUGCAAGCAUUGCGGAUAUUGUGUUCACUGCAGAAUAGAAAGGCAUUCCUUAGAUGAUGCUGUAGAAAUGGAGAAUGGUGCAACAGGUAAUAUAUCGAAUGCCGAAAGUCGUAUAGGACUAGCUAGUCGAAUACGUCGGUAUCUACCACUUAUGCAAGAUGGACGUGACUCAUCAGGUAUCAAAGAUGAAAUGGAUGUUCUCACUCCUGAUUUCACAAAUAAAAGAGACCUUAUUGGUGCGAAAGAAAUUCUCUUGCGUCAGAAACGAGAUCGGAGAAUGUUGAAGAAACGGCUGCGAGCUCAAAAGCGAGCUGAAUUAGCCGUCAUUGCGAAAUACGAAUUGAGGCAAAAAACGAUUUCCAGCGCAGUUGAACUUCUUCUGCAAAUUUUACAGAUGAUGACUUCAUUUGCAAUUCUUGUUGGUAAUAUUCGCAAAACUUUUAUUCCUGCUCAUUUCAGUUGGCUUAAGUAUGGUCGUAAGGACAGUCUGGAUCUAAUGAUGUUGUGGAGAUGCACAGUAUUUCUUGAUGUACUUCUGUUUUGGACUAGUGUUAUUUGGGCUUAUUGUUUGCAAUGGCAUUUAUGUUGUCGACUUGGUUUGCUGAAAUUUUGGGUAUGGUUAUUGAUGUUAGGAUUAAUUGGAAGUAUUUUCGUAUUCUAUCCUAUGUCCUACGUUCAAGAUAAUCUGGAUAUAAGCUGGUGUCAGUUUAAGCCUAAUAGUACACUUGCGCGGUACCAACCGAAUUGGUAA